AUGUGGCAACUCAAACCCCUUCUCCUGCUCAUCGCCGUCUUGCUCGGCGCGCUGGCGUGCACGGUGGCCGGCGACGGCGGGAUGCCACUGGUCAUUCCCAUCACCAAGGACGCGGACACCUUGCUGUACAGCGUCAGCGCCCCCGUCGCCGAGAACGACCAAAUCACCAACCACCUCGUCCUCGACCUCUCCGGCCCCAUCAUCUGGUCCACCUGCCCAGAUGGCUACGUCGCGCUGGGGUGUACCAGCCCCGCGUGCAUGCAAGCGCACCGCUUCCACCCGCCCAACUGCCCGCAGACCGGCUACGGCAGGCCUGACGCCGACAAUCCCCGCCGCUGCAAGUGCACCGCCCACCCGUACAACCCCGUCACCGGCGACACAGCGUCGGACGACAUGACGGAGUUCACCACCUCCGUCAACGCCACCGACGGGUGGAACCCUAUUUACACGGUGUCAUUCAUGGUAUCAACGUCCUGCGCGCCGGAAUCCUUGUUAACGGGGCUGCCGUGGAACAACGUUGGUGUCGUGGGGCUCGCGAGCUCCGCGCUCGCGCUCCCCGCGCAGAUCGCGGAUACGCAGAAGGUGCCCAACAAGUUCGCGCUCUGCCUCCCGAGCGCUGUCAGCAACGGCGUGGCCAUCUUCGGCGGCGGCCCGCUCUUCCUACUCCCGCCAGGGACCCCGGACCUCUUCGCGACGCUGGCCGGUGACACGCCGCUCCGCAAGCAUGGCAAGUCCACCGGCUACUACAUCUCGGCGGACAAGGGCAUUGCCGUGAACCAGAUCCAAGUUCCGCUCGACGGCUAUGGGGCGGCGCCGCUACUCAUCGCGCUUUCCUCCACGAUCCCGUACACGGCGCUCCGGUCAGACGUCUACCGCGCGUUCAUCACGGCGUUCGACCAGGCCACGUCAGAGAUGGCACGGAUCAAGCCGGAGACUCCGCCGUUCGAGCUGUGCUACAACUCCACGCAGCUGAGGCAGAUGCGGAUGGGCUACGCCGUGCCGCAGAUCGACCUGAUGCUGGAGGGCGGCAAGAACUGGACAUUGUUCGGCGGCAACACCAUGGCAAGGGUGAACGACAACACGGCCUGCCUCGCGUUCGUGGAGAUGAGGGAGGAGAACAAGCAAUACGGGUACGGCGGCGGCCCCAAGGAGGCGCCAGCGGUGGUGAUCGGAGGGUUCCAGAUGGAGAACAACCUGCUGGUGUUCGACGUGGAGAAUCAGCGCCUCGGGUUCAGCUCGCUGCUCUAUGCCAAGCAUACGACGUGCAGCAACUUCAACUUUCUCAAGUUUCCCAUGCCUGCGUAG